AUGGCAAACACUACUCACUCCUCAUCUCCUGAUAACUCUUCAUUUUGGGAUGAGAUUCACCUAUCACCGUUAAGGGAUAGUGCACAGAGUACAGAUAUUACUGUUGUCGAAACUUUUGAGAAUGCUACACCAGAACCGAAUGAGAUAAUUGAUGUUGUGGUUGCAGAUCAGGUUACUGAUGUAGUGGUUGUGGAAGAUAAUACCACUGCAGCGGUGGAUGUAGCAAAUAUAAAUGCUAAUGUUUUUAUUGGGAGAAAGAGAACUAGAAGAACAUUUUGUGAUACUACCACAUUAACUUUUGAAAUGUUUUCUAAAUAUUUCUAUUUGACCGCUGAUCAAGCUGCAGAAGAAUUACAGGUCGGGCGAGCAACUUUUAAGAAAAAAUGUAGGGAAGUAGGGAUUUCCUACUGGCCUUAUCGGAAACUUGAAUUCGGUGAAAUCAAAGAUCCAGCUGAACUUCAAUGGGUAAUGAAGGAGCUAGAAGACGAGAAGAAAGCAAUUCUACAGAAUCCAAACAUAGAGUUGGUUGAGGCGACAACAAGACUCAGAGACAAAUCACCGGAGGACAUACAGGAAGUACUUGCAUUGCUAGAUGAGGACGUUCCUCCUCCAAAAGAUACUACUGACAAUUAA